AUGAAUCGCUUUGAGUUUUGUCAAGCGCAACUUUUUGAAAAUGAGACAUUUGUGGCCAAGGAUCGAAACAUCAAAUUGUACGAUGGAGACGAAAAAACAAAUUUUGAAGACGGUGACAUCGUAUUGACCAGUCAUCGACUCAUGUGGGGGAAAAAUGGAGAAAUCACUCGCGGUGGAAACAUUAUAGCUUUAAAACUGCAAUAUGUUACGUCCGUGGAUGAAGAAGAAGCCAGCUCGAUGCUGUUCAGCAGGAAAAAACGAAUUAUUUUGCGAUUGGGAGGAUUAACAGCAGACAAAACUCCAGGCCCGAUGGAUCAUAGUUGUGCAUCUUUUGUUAAAAUAUCUGGGCGCAAUGGUGUCGAUUCUUCGUUUGUUCAAGCAUUGCACGCAACGUUAGACGCCCGAGUUUGGGUAAUCACCGAUCAUGGUCAGGUUAACUCGCAAAAUAGUCAACCGGGUACAUCCACGAACACUGACCCUUCUCGACGUCAGCUGCGUUUCGGAAUAGUUGGCAUAGAGCGUAAUAUGGCAGAAAAACAAAAACAAACAGGUGAAAAUAUUAAUCACGCCUUCAAAGACUUAGGUAAGCUGAUGGCCAUGGCAAAAGAUAUGGUAGCUAUUACGAAUGUCGUUAGUUCAAAAAUUCGUGAACGCCAGGGAGAGAUUUCGGAAGACGAAACAGUUCGAUUCAAGACGUAUUUAUUGAGCCUGGGUAUCAGCGAUCCUGUCACGAGAGAUAGUACUCGCAGUAAUUCCGAGUAUUUCCUGAAGCUCUCGCAACAACUAUGUGAAAUGCUACUUAGCCCGAUAAUCGAAGCGGGAGGAAUGAUGUCAUUAGCCGAUGUCUACUGUCGUGUCAAUCGAGCUCGUGGGUUGGAGCUACUUUCACCGGAGGAUUUGCUAGAAGCAUGCCAGCUUCUCACGGGACCUAUUACUUUAAGAAAAUUUCCUAGUGGAGUGAUGGUUUUACAGCUAGAAUCGCAUGACGACACGCUAACAACACAACGAACGUGGCAGUUAGUUGAACAAUAUAUUUCUAUGAGCCCAGAUCAAUUAGCUCGUAUUGAAAAUAUAUCACUUUUACUAGCUCGGGAGCGAUUGCUAACCGCUGAAGGUUCUGGGAAUCUAUGCCGCGAUGAAUCUAUCGAAGGUUUACGAUUUUAUGUGAAUAAAUUCAUUCACUGA